CAGCUCUCAAGACAUAUAAUGGUUAUGCGGCUUAAGUGUGAAGUUGGUUUCGAAAAAACGUAAUUAAGUCCUCUGACGGAAAAAAACGAAAUGACUUUCCGAACAACCUUAUAUUUUUGAUUUUGAUAACAUGACAAGUAUUGCAGUAUACAUAAUUCAGGAUUGCUUAGUACUUUCUUCUAGUCUUUUUGAUGUUUUUAAUCACUUCUUUGGUGGGGAGAAAAAAUGCAAAUUAAAUGAUCAGUUCAUCGUCGGCCUUCCAUGAUUUAUUUUUGAUUUUGAUAACAUGGUGGUGGGAGAAAAAAUGCAAAUUAAAUGAUCAGUUCAUAAAUAUGGGGUUUUAAAGUUCUUUGGCCUUUGCCAAUAUACAAGCUUUCUUCGUGCAAAAUAUUACGCUAAGCGCUGCGAUCUGUCUACUGCUAUCCUUUUUUUAAAAUUAUUCCCUAUCGUAGUAUGUCUGAUUGUAGUAUGUAUGAUUGCCCAACAGUUACCUUUUAAUGUUUCGAAAAAGAAACACCCAAAAAAAAACAAGUAUACAUUGUAAGGUAAUAAAGAAAAUUAAUCAAACAUAUCCCAAAUUGUCAUUCAUUAACGAAAAAUUAGAAAAUAUAUCAAACAAAGACAAGAAAUAUCAGUCCCCUUCAUUCAUUAAAUUUUAUUCUUCUUACAUAUUAUGGUUACGUGCAACUGUUGAUUUUAGUAUUCUGUUGUUGAUCUUCAGCCUUAAUUAAUGUUUCAAGAUAGUCUUUAUCUCUUCGUGUGAUAUGGCCAAAGUAUUGCAAUAUACGUCGUUCACUUCAUUCAGGAUUGCCUAGUACAUUCUUCUGGUCUUUUUGUGUUUUUAAUCACUUCUAUGGUGGGGACGAAAGAAAAUGCAAAUUAAAUGAUCAGUUCAUAAAUAUGGAGCUUUAAAGUUCUUGACCUUAAUUAAUAUAAUGCUGUAAUAUUUAUGACUAUGUAAUCGGAUAAGCACUCUUCGUGCAAAAUAUUCCACUGAGUGCUGCGAUUAUUUUUUUUUGCUUCAACUGAUGUUUUCUUCGCAUAUCCGACACUUUCAUUUGCUAGAAAAGAAAGUCCGCGGGGCAAGCCAUUUUUGAGUACCUCUUUUAGCCUUCAAUGGACAUUCCAUCUCAACCCAACCUGAAACCUCAUACGUAACUCCCAGUUCAUCUGUACUUGUCGGUUUGGGACAUUUCUUCGUCAUUCUCCAAAAUUCUGAUCAAAUACGAUAAAAACUCACGGGGAAUUAGGGAGAAAAUAUGGAGAAAUAUAGGGAAAAACUGUAAAGUCAUGUGGAAUUACGGAGAAAAUAUGGAGAUAUAUAGGGAAAAACUGCAAACUCAUAGGGAGUUACGAAGAAAAUAUGGAGAUAUGUAAGGAAAAACUGCAAACUCAUGGAGAAUUACGAAGAAAAUAUGGAGAUAUAUAAGGAAAUACUGGAAACUCACGGGGAAUUAGGAAGAAAAUAUUUAGGAAAACAUAUGGUGACUUCGUAAAUUACAAUUUCAAUGGCGCAGCCGGAAAAAGGCGUGAAAGAUCGGCCGCUUCGUCGGAAAAACUUGUCAGCUCGGCAGCCAAAAAACGCCGAUGUAUCGGCCUAUAAAUAAAUACCCCGGGGCGUAUAAAAACCGAUCGAUCCGCCGCUCAAACGUCAGUUUAUCGAUAAAAACAACGACCCAGACCCGGAAGAUGCCGAGACCCGACUCGAAAUCCAAAUGGCAACCGAAAACGCAGUGCUACGAAUACAAUUACGGCACGGGCAUGAACUUUUACCAGCCGAUGGUCGAUUACAUAGAGGAAAAACGGCCCGGGACAAAAAUCCGAUUCCCCCACCUCCCUUGGAGCGCUGAGCUCGAUCCGAGCUCCGCGACCCGCAGUUACAGUGAGCAGGAGUUGACGCGCGUAUCGCGGAAAACUGAGGCGAGCGCUCAACGUACACUGAGAAAGAGUCGGUCCCACGCGAGUUCCGCGUUCCUGCUGGCCGAGACGGCGUCGGCAGCGAGGAUAACCACCAAAAUCAAAACGGAGCAGAGGAAGAAGAAAGCCCUGGUACGGGAAAUAAAAAAAUUGCAGGGCCAGAUGAAGGACGAGAUCGAGUACGACCCCGAACACGACAAGGUGAUCGAACGGGAGCUGAUGGCGCAGCAGAAAUUCCUGCGGGGCAAGUCCGCCAAGUCGAUCGAAGCGCAGCUGCUGGCAGGAAGCCGCAAGGUCAUCGCCGAAGCCGUGGAACUCGAUUCGAGGAAGUCGGAGGUCGCGUGCAUAUCCCGGACCACCCACGGGAGACACUUCGAGCUUAUGGACGAGAGGAUGCAAGCGAAGCUGGAGCGGUCAUUCGCGGAGCCUCUGGAGGACCUCAGCCGCGACCUCAGAGGUUUCGAUAGGAAGACCACCCAUUAUUUCAUAGAUCAAAGGUGACUGGCGUUUGUUUGGUUGUAAAACAACCGGGAUGCUUAAUUACAACCAUUUGGUAAAAAGGAAUUUCAGGUCAAUACUGCCGGAAGUACUCGACUCUUCCAUUCUCACUACCAAGAAGAAAUAUUAAAUAAAAGACAAAUAAGACCCGCAGGAAAAAAGUCCACCAAGAACGGGACUUGAUCGACACCCAGUUUGCGUAAUCCGAAAAAUCUUUUAUAUCUAUAAAUAGUCCGACAUUAAGACCAUACCGCCGUGCCAAAUAAAACAAGUGCCAUGUUAAUUGAACUAAUGACGUAACAUUAUAUAUAGGUUAAGACGUACAGUAGCCAGUCGAGCAGCUUGCUUUAUUUACAGGCUUUUAAAGGCAGGAGCCGAAGCACUCGACAAUAGAAUCCACAAGUUUUUGUUUAUCCUGUCAUCGCGAUGCCUCUAGCAAACAAUAUUAUCUUCGGUCCUCCCAUUGGCCAUCCUCUAAGUUUCUCGAGCUCAUCGCUUUGCGAACUCCCUCGCCCCAUGUUCUUUUUGGUCGCCCUCUUUUUUUCCGGUGGUAUGGUAUCCAAUUCAUUGUUUGUUUAGGUAGUCUGUCGUCGUUCAUACGCUGCACAUGGCCGUACCAGAUUAUUUGUUAUUUGUCUUAUAUGUCCAUCUCUUGCUCUUACGGAUCUUCUAAGUGAUCGGUCUAAAUCCAAAUCUAGAUCUAUCUAAACCCGUUUUAUCCAGUGUAACCCCUAGGUUUUUGGACUUUUCACAGGCUUCUAUUUCUUCUUAAUUUUUUUAAUUGUCUCCAAUCUUCAUAGGUUUCUUUUAGUUUGCUUGCCAUAUAUUCUAUAUCUUCUUAAACCCCUGCUGUGACCGCUGCAAACUGUAGGCUAAAUACCUCUUUUUUUAAUUUUUCAAAGAAACUUCCGCACGUUACUGUAAUACUUUUUGUAAAACUUUUGGAUUCUUCCUGCUUCAGUUUUUGUUGACUCGAACUAGCUAACGUUUCGCCAAUCAUCCUGUUGGCUUCUUCAGAGCUUCACUGAAACUGGGUCGCAUUUUACUCUGUACCUGAUUAUAUAUUGUUUGAGGGGACGGAGCUAAAUGAGGAGCGCAAACAACGUCUCGGAUGACCCCCAUAUUGGUGACAGGUAGAGGAGACCUGAGUCGCGGUUAAGAUUGUUAGGUUGCUUAUAGAUUCUUCUAUCAACGAAAAAUCGAGAGUCUAUAGAAAUCUAUAAGCAACCGAUCAAUCUUAACCGCGGCUUAGAAGUUUUAUAAAAAGUACCGUUCUACCUGUUAGUUUUGGCUAGUUUUUGUUUGUUUUUGUUUCCAUUUUAGUAAGGCUUCUUUCACAUAAAUUUUAAAAUACGUUGUUGAUAUACAUCACCACUGGCGAAGCCCCUUUGUUGCGCAGAAAACUCUUCACAAUUUAUUCUUCCUUCAUCCUGACCAUUCGGGCAAAGAUCUGUGUUAACGCUGUCAUUAGUUUCGCAGUGACACUUUUUAAUAAUUCUGAGUUUGGUAGCCGCUGUUCUUACUGUUUCUUCUUAUAUUCGUACUUGUUUUCCUUCAGUGCUAACUGGCAUCUCCUCCUGAAUGUAUUGUCUUCUUCCUUCUCUCAAUAGAUCUUUGUAGUGUGUGUAUUCCGAAAGGAUAUUUUUUUCGUGUCUAAUAAUCCGACUCUUUCCUGACAUUUUCUAUCCCACAUCUCAUUUUUUUGGUGAUUGAUUUUAUUUCGUGUUUCUCGCUUAGCUAUGUAAUGUUUCUUUAUCUUCUAUGGAUCUUCUAUAUGAAUUCCGCUUCAAAUCUGGCAUCAUUUGGCAAUGGGCGCGUCGUGU